AUGGCCUGGGUAUCGGCUCCGUUGUUAAUAAGCGCCAAUGUUUUUGUUCACGCGUGUAUCCGUCAAUUCUCUGUUGGUAAGUCUAAUCCUACCGUAAUCCUACCGUAACCCCCCAACUUUCCAGAAUCUCUCGUCUUCUCCGGCAUCAUCUUCGGAUUCUUUCUGCUCACCGGUCUCGGCCUCACCAUUUCACUUUAUUUCGCGCAUACGGUCGCGUUGCGCCACGUCAAACCCACCUAUUUCAUGCCCUACGCUAUCGUCAAGUCGAUUCGGAUUUCCACGUUGGCGCUGGGUACGGUACUUUGCGUGCACACUAGGAGAUGUUGGAUUUACAGUAUCGUUUGCAAUUUUAUUCUCGCCGACACUCAUCAAAACCUACUUUUAUGCCAGUAUUUACGGAUUAUUCGAGACUGUCGCCGGAGCCAUCGCUUUGGAGGUUCGUGGCCUAGGAUCCGACAAUGGGGGAAAGUUAGGCCACCGUCUAAUAGUGGCUUGUUAG